AAAAUCCACACCACAAAACACACAUACUACUAAAAGCUUUUAACAAUCAGAAAAAAAUACCACCAAUUUAAGCGUCAGAAAUUUCCAAACGAAAGGUUUAAAGAGAGAUAAAUGGACGAUUCUCAUCACAGCGUCUCAACAUCACCGAGUAUCAAGCGAUCAAACGAUGAGAAUGAACAAAACUAUCAGCAAAUAGGAGCCAAUUUGCGGAAUCUAAGGAAACCAAUGGCAAAGAAUUACAUGUUGCCAACCAUAUGUGCAGCUUCCAAGGCAAUUACUCCUAGAAAGAUCUUAGCCGAAAGAAACGAGGCUUUGGAACCGAGUUCUUUUGACACCAAUGUUCAAAAGAUCUCAAAUUUUGAGAAAUCUAAUGAUUGUUUGUGUCAAACUGAACCCAAAUCUCCUUCAGUUUCUCAAUGCCAUGGUGAUGAGAAAGAAGCUGAUUUGUCUUCUAAGUCUUAUGACCCAUUGACGAAUUAUCUCUCUCCGAGGCCUCAGUUCCUCCGCUACAAUCCAAAUAGGCGCCGGGAGAUCUUUCGAGGCCAAGAAGAUGGGACUGGAGAGGAAGUAGAUGGGAUAGUUAGUGGAAGUGGCUCUUUUGAUUCUCUCAGAGGUAGUUUUGAUGAGUCUGCUUCGGACACGAAUUGUGGUUCUUCAAUUUCUGGAGGCGGUUCUCCAGCACAAGAAGGUAAAGAAAUUGAGGGGGCUAAUGAGGAAAUGGAGGAAAGUGAUGAGGAGGAAAUUGAGGAAGAAGAGGAAGAGAAGAAAUGUUGCAACUUGAAAGGGGUUUUCAAAACUUUGCUUUUGUUGGCGGUUUUUGUACUCUCUACCAUGUUCAUAUCUUCCUUGAACUCUUCAGUACCCUUGUCUGAUGGUUACUGCAAGGUGCAGAAUCACACAUUCGAAACUGAUUUCGUGAAGAACCUUGAAAGUAGAGACUAUUUUUCACAUCAAAGAGAGGGAAGACAAAAGGGUUUAAUGGAAUUGAACAAUAAUCUCGAGAGCAACUUUUUAAUGGAAGAGGAAAAUUUACGUGUUACUGAAGGGGUUGAAGAAGAAAAUCUCAAAGAAAUUAAGCGGACUGAUGAGUUGAAAGAAGCUGUAAGUUUGGAAUCUGGAGAAGUAGAUGAUGUUGAAGUGGAUGAAACUGAUGAUCUCGGUGGUGAAAUAGUAGCGCCACAAAUUGAAGAAGUAUUCACUCAUAUGGUUGAAACUAUUGAGAAGGUUGAAUUUUCCGAAGAUUAUCAGACACCAAAUUCCUCUGAACAUCAUGAUUCGUGCUUUUAUACUUCGAGUUCUAGUCGGAUUGAGGUGAAUCCAGAUGAAGAAGUUCACAAUCAGGAAGUGGGAAAUUUCGAAAUAGUCGAAAUUGGUAUGCUGGAAAGGAUUCUGAAGCAAAUGAAUACUGAAUUCUCUUUCAAAGUGCUCACUGGAGUUCUGUCAAUUUCUACAACCAUUGCAUCCUUAUUGUUGUGUAUUCGCUUGAGGCCGAAGAAGACCAUGAAAAAUGACUCUUCUGAACCUGUGCUAGUAAAGCAGGAAAAAGUGAGUGGUAAAGAUUCUUCUUCUCUUCUCUCACAGCCUUAUAUACAAGAGAGACGCAGAUCAGUACUUCCCACUAGAGAAGAUGAAAACAUUGAUGAAGUUUACUCUUUUGGGAAGAAUCCUUCGCCUUCAAUUAAUUCAAUUGAGAAAGAUCCUGACGACGGAGAGUACUCUGAAAGCCGCGCACCAACAGUUGAAUUCCUUGGUGAGUUUGUAGUGAGAGAGAUCAGGAGUUCUGGUAAAAAAGGCAUAACCAAAGGAAGUGAAGAAGAAAGCUUAAGCAAUUACUCAGUUUCUUCAGCCAAAAAAAUUGGUGGCAAGUCCCAUUCGGUUUCAGUUCAAGCUCAUCAGGCUCAUUCCGAGUUUUCAAUUGUCGAUUCGCCUUCAUAUGGAAGCUAUACUGCAGAAAAGGAGACCGUGAAGGAAGUGGUUUCUACUACUCCAACAAGGUUAUCAAGUAGAAAAGGAGAAGUCAUGGCAAUAACUCCAGUCAGAAGAUCAAGCAGAAUCCGCAACCUCAUGUCUCCAUGAAUGAUCAUAAAUAAUUAAUUCCAUCUCUAAUUUUUCUAAUUAUCUAACUUGUGCUGUUUAGUGAGCUCGACUGUAGUAGAACACAACUGCUAUUCUUAAUCUGCAAGAAGAACUUUUGUUAUUAUUUUUACUAUUUUCUUUCAUUUGUUUUGUUUCAACUUAGGCAAACGAGUGAUCUACUCAUAGUAAUU